AUGAAGGUUGAAUGGGACUGUUGGCCAGCUUUCGCUGUUGAGAUCCAAGGGCUCUUCAUCAAGUUGCAGCUCGUCGGUAGUGACCAAUGCGUCUGGAUGAACAUGGGCUCAGAAGAUUUGCAGCCCCUUGGCUAUGCCAACGCGCACGAGCCUUUCCGGUAUUUGCCUCCGAAGGACGUGGCCGACGCUCAAGACUGGGACUCUCCCGCCGACAUGCUGCCUUUCCUGCGAGAUUUGGAACAAAAAAUAGUGCGGGAUCGCGUUGAGUUGAUCGAUACUUACGGCACAGAUCGCCUGCGCGUCGGCACUGUCAAGGAGACGCGUGCCAACCGGGUGUUGGUGGAGCUGGACAUGCGAUACUACCUGCCAAACGAUGACCCAAAUCUCACAGCAAAUGACACGCAGCUGCCUCGCACGGGAACAAAUUGGGUGGAAGAAGACUCGCCGCUGCUCUUCCACGUCGGCUGGGCCAAUCUCUCGAAUUACCGUCUUCUUGUCAGCAAUAGCCUUGUCCGCGGCAAGGACACUUAUAAACACCGAGCACGCGUCGUAGCUGAUGCCAUUCAAGCAUCCCAAAAGAAUCCUGACAAGGCCGUCGUGAUCAGGAUGAUGGAUGGAGAUGCGGCGCCCAAAAUCGUCUUCUCACAUUGUGAUACUGAACCGGUGCCUUUUGUGCCGAACACUGCCCUCGAACUGAUGGAUCCCAAUGAUUCGAAAAGCACGCAUCUGACGUGGGCCUACAUCAAGCGCAUCGAUUAUGAGAGCGGCCACCUCAUCGUGAAAUUUGGCAACGACGUUCUGCCCGUGCAUUGGUCGUCGCCGCUCUUGUUCCCCAGCGGCUACGCAAGAUCACACGGCAUUGAUCUUGUUGUUCCAAGCAACCGGCGCUCAAUUCCCAAGAAAAAUCGCUACCCGGAUGCGGAUCCGAGCUUGUUUGCAAAAGUGCCACACGACGACCGACAGAUCAAGAUCAUGUUUCCGAUCGGCUCAUUGUUGGAAACCAAUUCCAUCGACGAUCCUGAAUUUUUCUUCCCCGCUCGAGUGACUGGCCACAAGGGUCGUCUGAUUGAAGUGAACUACUGGCACUACGGCAAAGACUCGCUCGCCCUCUUCGAUUAUCGGUCCGGCAACAUCCAUGCAGCCGGCUUCGCGGAAUUCUUUGGCUGGCACAUCGUAAUCCCGAAGAGCGGUCGCAACGAGCUGAUUCGUCCCUUCUGGGAUGCGGUCAUGUACAACAAGGAAGACUUUGAGGCUUGGACGGCGCUAAUUCAGAAGGCUGAACAGCUGGAUGACGUCCCGGCCAUCCGCGACGUGUUCGAGCCCUUCCUGCUACGCUACCCGUACUGUUACGGGUACUGGCGAAAGUACGCCGAAUUCGAGCGUCGCCACAACAACCUGGAAAAAGCGAUGAAUAUUUGGGAACGCAGUGUUUCGACCAUCCCGUUGUGCAUCGACCUGUGGCUGCCGUUUCUCGCCUUUUUCCGCGAGCUGGCCCUUCACGCGGAGGGUGGAAUAGACAAGACUAGAGAGAUUAUGGAACGCGCAAUGCUUUCCGCCGGUCUCGAGUACAACAGCGAUCGGCUGUGGUCGGAGAUUAUUCAAUUCGAGAUGCUGCAAUCAAACCCUCGGCGUGUGAUGGUACUCUACGACCGUCUCCUCACCAUUCCCACUGCCCUCCACGUGCAGCAGUUUGAAAAUUUCCAAAUCUUCAUCUCAUCGUUCGAGCCAAACGACAUCCUCGACCCAGAAGAGUACGCCGACAUUUUUCACAAGGUCAAGAAGCUGGUGGACAUUGGGGUGGACCAGAUGAUUGUCGAGGAGCGAAUCCCGAUUGGCUCUAACGGGGUGCCCGGCGAAGAGCAGUUCAUUGUCAAGAAGCGGCACGUUCCGGAAGUUCUGCGCGUCUUCCGCGACGAGAUCAUCCAACGCCGUCGUGCCAUUCACCUCGAAACCGCCGGCCAAGUGCUGAAGAGAGCUCCUUUUGAGGAGAAGAUCAAACGCCCCUACUUCCACGUCAAGCCGCUCGAUCUCUCCGAAUUUGACAACUGGAGACAAUACCUGGACAUGGAGAUAGACACGGGCAAGGAGGCGCGAAUCGUCGUCUUGUUUGAGCGUUGCCUGAUCGCUACGGCGAUGUACGAGGAGUUUUGGAUUAAGUACGCUCGAUGGCGUUGGCGUUCGACGGAAAACGAGACGGCCGCCCGUUCGGUCUUCCAGCGUUCCAUCUCGGUGCACUGUCGCAAGAAGCCGAUGGUUUACCUGGCGUACAGCGCAUUCGAGGAGGCACUUGGCCGCUUCGACGAGGCCCACCAAGUCCUGCUCCAGGUGAACACGCUGAUCCCCGGGCUGGUGCUCGUCGACUUCCGGUUGCGCGGCUUUGAGCGUCGAAUGGCGCUGUAUGAGGCCAGACGUCGAGGCACCGCACCGAAUUUCGACGUCGUCAUGGCUAACUACGAGCGCGGGAUCGCCGCCGAGAACCACCCGCCCGCCCUGCGCAGCUUCUACGCCAUCAAAUUGGCACAAUUCCACGCAAAGAUACGCAACGACCCCGAGGCCGGCAUCCGCGUCAUCAAGGAGGCGCUGCGCCAGGAUCCGUCGAACAACCAGCUGAUGCUGCAGCUCGUCGACCUGUCGAUGGAGUUCAAGCCAUUGAACGAGGCGCUCGUGAUCGAUGCAUUUGACCACUGUCUUCAGUUGAAAAUCUCGAGCACCGACAAGCUGGUGAUCAGCCAGCGGAAGCUGGAGUUCCUCGAGGAGUUCGCUUCAGAUAUCAACUUGGUCCAAGAUCACAUCGAUUUCCACGCGGACCUCGUGCACAAGAGUGAUCAGCGGCUGACGCGGAAACGGCUUCACCUCGUUGAGCAGAGCAUAGUUGAACGCACGCGACUGGAGGCCGCCGCCGCCAAGGAGUCCACUGCACGCCCUACUGUGCAGCGCCAGCACAACACGACGCAUCGCGAGGGUGGCCGUGACGGGCGUGACGGGCGUGACCGCGAGCGCGAGCGGCCCAGGGACCGAUCGCGCAGCCGCGACCGUGAACGUGACAGGGAUCGUGAGCGUGACCGCGGCGACCGUCGCGACAAGGAUCGGCAUCGUGUGUGCUCCUUUCUGCUGAUACCCUUCUGGGACGUCACGGCGUGGCUCGGGGCUCAACAGUAUUCGCUGGUGCUGUACGCGCUAAUGUUUGGCAUUGCGUUGGUCAACAGCACGUCGAACGUGCUGUUCAUGCCGUUCAUGGCCCAGUUCCACCCGGCCUACCUGAACGCGUAUUUCGGCGGAAUGGGGCUGUCGUCGCUGGUGCCUAGCGUGCUCUCACUAGCGCAAGGCUCCGGCAACUACGAAUGUGUCCGCAACGGUACAGCAAUGCUGCAACUCUACCACCCGGCGCGCUUCUCGGUGUCGGUGUUCUUCUCGGUGGUGGCCGCGUGGACGGCGCUGGCCGCGUUCGCCUUCGUGCUCCUCUACUGGACCGGGGCGCACAAGAAGCAUCGACAAACCGCAACCCCCCUUCCGGGUGAAAAAACAUACCCAGUGGAAGAGCUAGACGAGGAAACACCGCUUCGGCCUCCAACCAGCCGGGAGCAGAAGACGGAAGUUGAUGAGGAGAUGAUCUCUUCGGGAAAGAGCAAAUCCAGCAGUGCCGAAAAGAGCAGCGACAGGUCGGAGGCGAUUUCCGGCGGCGCGUACUACUGGAUUCUGGGGCUGACGGCGUUGGUGAACGCGCAGAUGAACGGCAUCAUCCCCAGCAUACACAGCUACGCAGCACUACCGUAUUCACAGACAGUCUACCACCUCGGGCUGACCCUGUCGAACAUCGUGGCCCCGCUGGCGUCGUUUGCCCCGUUUUUGUUGCAGACCAGAUCCGUGCCCAUUCUGACGGCCCUCUCGCUGACGUCGUCCUUCUUCACGGCGCUGAUCGUCUACCUAGCCUCGCAGAGCCCCAACUAUCUGUUUGGGAAUUACGGUGCAGGGGCCGGGCUGGCGAUCGUGGCCCCAAUCCUUGCAGCGGGUCUCCACUCUUUUCUGCGUACCCUGUUUGCCUCCGUACUCCGCGAGGGGUCCCACGGCAGCGAAUCGCGGCUAUUCUGGUGCGGCGUCUUCAUCCAGAUCGGCUCGUUCGUCGGCUCGGCGGUGAUGUUCCCGCUCGUCAACUUUGCCAAGCUGUUCGAGGCGGCGCCGGCUUGCCGGCCA